AUGAUUACUGAGAAUACAAACGAUGAAAAACGUGUGGAAGAAGAGACGGCCAAUGAACAACUGAACACAACAGAGUCGACUCCUGAACAAACGACCACAGAGGGAGAAACCACUGAGAAAACGACUACUGCAGAAGUGCAAACUAGUGAACAAGUUAUCACAAAACAAAUACUGUCUGAUCAGGCAAUCAUUGAACAUACGAAUACAGAAGAAAUGAUUACUGAGAAUACAAACGAUGAAAAACGUGUGGAAGAAGAGACGGCCAAUGAACAACUGAACACAACAGAGUCGACUCCUGAACAAACGACCACAGAGGGAGAAACCACUGAGAAAACGACUACUGCAGAAGCCGAUGAGUUUCUACAAGGACUUAUAACAAAUGAUAUCAAAUCUAUAAAUCAACCUAAUUCAUUCAUGUAUUCAUUGUUUCUCAAUUCGAAGGGUAGAGUUCUAACUGAUGCAUUUAUCUAUCAUACUAAUCGUUUAUCGACUAAUCAGUCUGAUUAUCUUGUUGAAGUUGACGUCAGUUGCGUACCUGAUAUGGUUAAACACUUAAAGCAAUAUAAUUUACGUGGGAAAGUUAAGAUAGACGCCGAUUUAUCAGUGUAUCCUUGGGUCGCUAUGCCGACAUCAAGACACUCGAAUCAACUGAAUAAUUAUAAAGCAUGGUUACCAGUGAAUUCACCUGAUAUUAGUGAUCAACAACAGUUGAUAUUUUUCGCUUCAGAUCCUAGGGGUAUAUCUGGUUGGUCUGGACGUAUACUGUCAACAUCUAGUACAAAUGCCACUAGUAUUUUCCCAUCAUGCAAUACACAACCACUUGAUAUAAACCUGUAUCAUAAUGCACGUUGGGAAUUGGGCUUACCAGAAGGUAUUAAGGAAUUAAUCACAAGUGACACACUACCGUUCGAAGCGAAUGCUGAUUUAUCCGGCGGAGUUAGCUUUUCCAAAGGAUGUUAUAUUGGUCAGGAGUUGACAGCACGGACACACUUUACUGGAGUCACUCGACGAAGAUAUGUACCGAUUAAAAUAGUGUCGAGGGGGAAUAUUGAUGUUUUAAAAACAUCAAAUAGUGUCAGUCAUUUAUACAAUGCACCAAUUUAUCAAAUGAAUAAAAAUGAUAAAACAUUUGAAUUAUCAAAAUUAAAAUUAAUUGGAUGGAUUAGAAAUGUAAAUAUGAAUAAUUUUAUUAUGAUGAAUAAUAAUGAUCAUAAUGAGAAUCAUUUAAAUAUUGAUAAUGAAUUAAUCAGUGGUAUAGCAUUGAUACGUUUAACUGAUGUCAAUGAACAACAAUAUAAACUAGUAGUAAAUAUCCCGAUUCAUACUGAUUGUAAUCAUCAUCAUAAUACUAAUAAUGUAAUACAAUUAGAUAUUAUUCCAUAUAUACCAUCAUGGUGGCCUGAGGAUAUAGCCCCAACAAUUAAACGAAUUGUAUGUACAUAA